AGAAAUAAAGAUCUUUUGCACGKGAUAAAAUUACAUCCACAAAACAAAAUUCGAAAGUGAGAUUUAUGUAUGAAAGUUGUGGCCUGCGAUUAYCGAUACCAGCGGUUAACCACUAAAGCGUGUCAGAAUGUAAUAUGCCCACCUGUGAUACAGACUAUUGACUUAUAAAAGUACCUCAUUUGCAAUGGAAAUUCAUAUCAACUCUGCAUGAAAUCUUUUGUCAACACAACAUAACACAAAAUACAAGUAAAUUAUCCUUGAAAUACGUUUCGAUUCACCGGAAAGAGAGUGUUGGUUAAGURGAUGUUAUGCCAAAAAAUGCGCCGGACAUUGAGAAAUAUACAUGAUGGCCCUUAUCAAGAAAUGAAUGCUUUUUUAACCGAUUCAAGUUUAAACAUCGGUAGGAUUUAAUGAACAGCCAUGACAGACCAAGAGAAUUAUACUACAGAUGAGGAAACAGUCAACGGAAGCACUAGCGAUACAGACAUACAAGCUCCUAUUGUCGGUUAUGAAGUAGUGGAAGCAAGAAAACGUUUUACCGUCUACCAAAUCAGCGUUAACUUGAGCGAUGGAAGAACCUGGUUCGUUUUUCGCAGGUAUUCAGACUUUGCUCAAUUAGAUGAGAACUUAAGAAAGAUUUACAGCGAAGAUCUUCUGGAUCUUGAGCUUCCACCGAAAAGAUACCUUGGGGAUAACUUCAGUGAUGUUUUUAUAGAAAUGAGAAAACGUAGCCUGCAAAAAUACUUAAAUAAGAUUUUAGAAAAACAGGAUUUAAGUUGGACACAGCCUGUYGUUGAGUUUUUAUGUCUUGACGAUCCACCGGGUCCUUACGAUAGCUUAGAAGAAAGCCGAGCUUUUAUUGGAAGCUUGGAAGAAACGGUUACUGGAAUGAAACAGAAAUACCAAGAGAUCGAUUCUGAACUGAAGAUGGCCAAGGCGCAGCUUAGAUCAACGUUAUCUCAUAAAAAGGCUUUGCUUGUCGCUUUACGCGCAGAGCGAGUACUAAAUGGCAAACCAGCACAUGAUAAUGAUGACAUCGCUUUAAUUUCCGAGUACAUUGGACAUCCUGCUGUUGGUAAUAUCGACUUCAAAACUUUUGCAAAGGAAGAUGAACAACAGCAACAGUCCUCGACGACUAGAAAUCAUAUGUACAAAUCACAUGCCGCAAGUCAGUUGGAUUUGACAAUCGCCUCGAGAAAAAACUCGUCUUCAUCAGAGGGCAGCUCAAGGCGGGCGAGAUCUGUUUCUGAUUUACCCGAUUCUUCUCAAAGACGAAGAUCGUCGAACCGACAUCUACCYUCAAAUAAUCGAAGGGGUUUAUCGGUUGUCGAUAAGUUUAUGCGACAAAGUACGGAUGCUUUGGAGCAGAUACGACAGACUGUGCGACAGAAACUUGGUCGAUGGGAGGACGAGGGUGUAGAUACACCGCAAAAUCGAACUGUUCCUUGACGAUAAAAUCAUCGAAAAACACCAUAGAUGAAAUCUUAUACCAGUACUUCGACCAUUACUGAAAAUAUUCAAGUUAUAACUCAAAUGAAAUGGAAAAGAAUAUUGAAAGUAAAAUCAGAAAUAUCAUUUUCUCGUUCAAAAUAAUUUUACUUUUCACUGCACAUUUAUUGUGCCAUUUAUAGCACCCAGGACUGUUUGGAGUCUUUUCUAGGGUAAAAAAUACCUAUUAAGACUUAUCUUUCAAGGGCCAUUCCAGGGCUUUCCAAGUUUUAGUAUAAGGCUCAAAAUCUUACAUAGUUGAAAGUGAAAGUGGUUAUUAGAAUUCUGCCAAUGCAGCGAUAUGAAUUUUUAAUAAACGGUACAAAAAGCUAGACAGCGCAAUAAAUAUAAUGUACCGUGGCACAAGAUAAUAUAUAGUUGAAAAUAUCUUCUCUAUUCACCAUUUGAUGCUCCAAUAAGCAGUGUUUUGUCGACCCAACAGGUUGUUUACUUAACUAACAAAAGAUCUUGACACUAAGUCAACACGACAAAGUCAUUAAAAAUCAUUGUCAAGUCUACUAAAUAGUGGUAUAGGAUAUUUCAUAGUAAAUAUGAUUAAUAAUAUUAAAAUUUGAUUGUUAUUGUCUUAUAA